CCACAGCGUCCCUCGUUGCGUCAGAGCUCAGCCGGAGCGGGCAACGGACGGUCCUGACGCACAGCUGGACAACAGCGGAAACUUUCAGUGCUGGAAGCCAGCGAGGAACUCGUAAUUAUUCACCGAGGAUCAGGCCAAUUAGUGGAACUCUGCUGGAAUAUUGAUCAUCUUUGAGCACACCACUACACCGCGGACAAACGGAGUCAGACCCACGCUGCCAUGCCCGGAGCAAGACCCCAUGUGUGGAUGUGCGUGAACAUGUGUGCGUGAGCGCCUUUAAGUGUGUGUUUUUAGACUGCUUGAGUGAGCGAACAUCUUGCUGUGUGAGUGUGAGUGUGAGUGUGAGGAUGAGGGCCGUCACCGCUCUGCUGUGUCUCCUGCUGGUCGCCCAGGUCGGAGCCUCUAGAUUGGUCCGCGACACCCAGGGCAGCCCCCAAGCUUCAGAAACGUCCAAGAACAACGCCUCUGUCCCGCUUCCGCCCCCACAGCCGCGAGGCUUCUUCCCCCCCAUGUGCAUUAAGCCUACGGAGAUCAAGCACGCCUUCAAGUAUGUGAACACCAUCGUGUCCUGCCUGAUCUUUGUGGUGGGGAUCAUCGGCAACUCAACGCUGCUCAGGAUCAUAUAUAAGAACAAGUGUAUGAGGAAUGGACCCAAUGUCCUGAUCGGCAGCCUGGCUCUGGGGGACCUGCUUUAUAUUAUCAUCGCCAUUCCCAUCAAUGUGUUUAAGUUAAUAGCCGAGGACUGGCCGUUUGGCGUGUACGUCUGUAAGUUGAUGCCGUUCAUCCAGAAAGCUUCAGUUGGUAUCACCGUCCUCAGCCUGUGUGCCCUCAGUAUUGACCGCUACCACGCUGUGACCUCAUGGAGCAGGGUGAAGGGGAUGGGGAUCCCUCUGUGGAAAGCAGUGGAGGUGACUCUGAUCUGGCUGGUUGCCGUGGUGCUCGCGGUCCCUGAGGCGCUGGCAUUCGACAUGCUGGAGAUGCCGUACAGAGGCAACAAGCUGCGUGUGUGUCUGCUGCAUCCAGAACAGACGAGCAGCUUUAUGAAGUUCUACCAGGAUGUGAAAGACUGGUGGUUGUUUGGCUUCUAUUUCUGCCUCCCACUGGCCUGCACAGCAAUCUUCUACACACUCAUGUCCUGCGAGAUGCUCAGUCGCAAAAAAGGCAUGCGCAUCGCACUCAACGACCACAUGAAACAGCGGAGGGAAGUAGCGAAGACGGUGUUCUGCCUCGUGUUGAUUUUCGCUCUCUGCUGGCUGCCCCUUCAUCUCAGCCGUAUUCUGAAGAAAACAAUCUACGACCAAAAUGACCCCCACCGCUGUGAACUGCUCAGCUUCCUGUUAGUGAUGGAUUACAUCGGCAUCAACAUGGCCUCCCUAAACUCCUGCAUCAACCCGAUUGCCCUUUACUUUGUCAGCCAGAAGUUUAAAAACUGCUUCCAGUCUUGCCUGUGCUGCUGGUGCUACAGAACGUCUCCCCUGGAUGAGCGAGGUUCAGGAGGACGCUGGAAGGGCUCCUGUCACGGGAACGGACUAGACCGCUCCAGCUCCCGCUCCAGUCAGAAAUACACAAGCUCUUCAUAAACACACACACACACACUUAGACACACACACACACACACACACACACACACACACACACACACACACCUCUACUGCCAAACCCAUGUUCCCAUUAGCUCCCAUCACGGAGGAACAGCUGCCACUGCCAACAGACCAAUGAGGAGGGAAAAUGGAGCGAGGUAGAAGUCACUCCUUCAGGACUCCCAGCGGACUGAAAGACUGAUAAAAAAACAAAAGGACGGACCCAAACUGAUGAAUGAAAUAACCGGACUGUACCUGUUCAGACUGUAACACUAGCUGCCAACACUUAUGAUGGAACCAAGCCUACAUGAAUCUGUUCAUACUGCGACACUGAGGCUUGUGUUCAGCGGACUAAAAGUCUCUCCGUGGACCAACAUUGUCAAUACAUUUAUAAAGAAUGUUUAUUACGAUACUACGAUUAUAUCUAGCCGUAGUGCUUCAUGUAUGAAUAACAGCUUUGAUAAGACUACAUGUUGAAGCUUUAAUACCUCACAGGGAAAGAUAGAGGGAAACUGUGACCCUGAGUUAUUUUCUAAAAGAUUUUUUUCAUGUAUAAAAAUGCACAAAUGUGCCUCUGCAUAUAAGCACAAUCAAAAGCUGAUUGUCUGACAAUCAACAUGUAUACAACUGCUGAGCUCCCCGACGCCCAUGUGCCCUAGUGACAUCAUGCCAGAGAAAAAUGGGCCCCACUGUCAUGUGGAAGGCCAAUUGUCGGAAUCUUUUUUCAGUCUGGAAAUCAUCGCCGUUUCAAAUCAUGUGGAGGCCAGCUGUUGUCUGAGAACACUGACAAAUACCAGAUGAUUCCCAUCAUGCUACACAGAAGAGAUCAUUUAUUAGUAAUUUUAUUGUUGCGGUAUUCAUUUUGUUGUACGUGUUUCCACUGUAUAUAAAGUCUUAACCUGUCUCUUACAAUUUAGCCUCUAUUUUUUUUAAGGAAAUAUCAAAAAAACAUGAGACGCUUGUUUCAUCUUCUAACAUGAGGUUAUUUUUUCCAAAUAUUUCUCCUUCAUCAGUGUGUGGUCAUGUUACAAAGAUGAUCUGGCGACUGGAAACUACUUGUAAGAGCUGUUUGAAAAAUGUUUUUAGCGGGGGUAACGUUUCUUCAACUGUGGAAUGGUCAUAGAAAUGAUUUACAUAUAUAGUCGUUUUAUAUUAGUCGUUUCCAUUCAAUAUAAUCCAGGUAGAAUUCAGGAUCUUGAAUGUGUGAAAUUUGUGGGCUAAAGAAGGAUCUAAUCUUGAGAAAUGAAAUAUGUGGGCUGCAGCACAGGAAGACAAAUGUGUUCCUAAGAUUUCAUAAUAACUGUAGAGUUAGUACACCUGUAGCUUGAGAAAACUGCUCAGUAAUCACGUACUUGUGACACAUUUUGUCAUAAUCGCAAAACAAAAACUUUUUACACAAUGUCUGGCUCUUUAAAAAGUCAGACAUGAGAAUGAAAAAAAAACUGCAGAUUACAAUUCAUUGUAAGAAAACUUAAAAACCUAAAGGAAUCAAAAUAUUUUACAGUGACAGUAGUGAGAGUAUGUACUUAUGAUAAAAGCACAAGAUGAAUCUGUUUUUUUGGCUCUUAGUAUCGUGAUAUGGUGAUGAAAACCUCCCAUAUUCUGAGUUCUCUAUAUCAAAGUGAAGAGCAAAUGUGUCCUCUUUCAAAUCCAUAUUUGCUGAAAAACCAGACAAGGUGUUGGUUCAACCUGAAGCAUUUAAAAAAAGAUUCAAGCAACGUAUACAUUUUCCGACAACAUAUUUCCAUCCUCCUCAAAUCAACUGAUCACGCAGUAUGUGACUCAUACAGUAACUCAUCAUAUGUGUUUAUGCUAUCGUCCCCGUUUUUAGCUACAUGUAGAGGCAAAUGUGUACUGGAAGGUCUGAGCGGCUUUGUGAACAAGUCAAGACUAAUUUGACGUUGAAGAUCAAAUGUAAUGUGAGUACUGGCCCUGAUGUUUUGACUUGCAUUGUAUACUACUUAUUUGUUGAGAGUAAACCUGUAAUAAAUAUUAUUUUAUAGCA